UGGAGAAUCCUAUAGAUUUGAGAGCUCAAUACACACACACACACCAUCCUCUAUCUUUUAAUUUAAACAGUCUCUCAGACCUUUCAGAGAAAGCAAAAGCUGAAUGAAAGGGAAAGAGAGAAGUAAAAGUCUAACAAUGGUUUCUAGGGAGCACAAGAAAGCAGCAGCAGCACUGCAUGAGAAGCUGCGACAACUUCGUUCCAUUACUAAUUCUCAUGCUCAUAGAAAAACUUCAAUAAUUAUAGAUGCAUCAAAGUACAUUGAAGACCUUAAACAAAGGGUAGAAAAAUUCAAUCAAGAUAUAGAGGCUUCAGCACAAACUUGCCAUGACCAGAACCCUUUGCCUAUGGUUGCAGUAGAAACCCUAGAAAAGGGUUAUCUAAUUAAAGUAUAUUCAGAUAGAAGUUGCCCUGGAUUGCUUGUGUCUAUAUUGGAAGCAUUUGAAGAACUCUCUCUAAAUGUGCUUGAAGCUAGGGUUUCUUGCAAAGACAGUUUUCAAUUAGCAGCUCUUGGAGGAAAAAAUGAAGAAGUUGGUGAGAGCGUUGAUUCUGAAGUUGUAAAACAAGCCAUGGUGCAGGCUAUUAAGUGCUGGAGUGAAAGUAUCAAUUGAUGAUUAAUUUAUUAAAUCCAAUGUCAAUAUGUC